GGCUCGCCCAGCAGUGUGCCUAGAGGUGAAAGGUCAUGAUGACGUGCAGGUCUGAGUUCCCAAACCUGUGAGAGGAGAAUCAUCGGUAAAACCUGACAUGUUGUCGGUCUGUGGCGCUGGUUUCUCACCGGUUUGAGCAGUUUGGGAGAGACUGAAGAAAAGCUCGACAAACCUCCACUGUCAUACAUUCCGCAGAGCAUGAUGGGAGAUCUGGGGAAGAAGCUCGUUGAUGGCCUGCUGGCCGACUUGAGGAACCUGUCGGCCGAAGCCAAGAAGAAAUACCCGGUGGUCAGACAGGCAGCGGAAGGCUCUGUGCUGAAGAUUCGCACCAUCUCUGCUAAGGAGGAGGACACAGCUGCAGCCAUCUCUGAAGCUAACCUGGAGGUGCUGCAGCCGCUGGUGCUGGGCUGUGACAGCCGCUGUCCCAAACUGGUGCAGAUCUCUCUCACCUCCAUACAGCGGCUCAUCUCACACAGGGCUGUGUCAGAGUCGGGAGCCGAGCAGAUUGUGGCUGUCCUGUGGGGACUGAUGGAAGCUGGGAUGGAGGAACUGAAGGUUCUACAGACUAUCCUGGUGCUGAUCACCAUGUCUAACAACCUGCACCGCGACCCGCUGGCUAAGGCCAUCGUUGUGUGUUUCCGGCUGCACUUCAGCAAGGACAGCUCGGUGGCGAACACCGCCGCGGCGACGGUUCAGCAGGUGGUGUCGGUCGUGUUCGAGCGACUCGUGGUGGAGGAUGGAGAGGAGAAUCCAGACACAGUAAAUUCUGAGGUUAAAGAUAAAACGACGUCAAGUCCCCGUCCAGGCAAGAAGCCGCCGGUGUCGCUGGGGCCGUGUGCAGCUGACGCUUACCUGCUCUUCCAGGACCUGUGUCAGCUGGUAAACGCAGACAGCCCCUAUUGGCUGGUUGGGAUGACUGAGUUGUUGUUGUUGUUGAUGUUUGACCUUUGCCAGCUAGUGAACGCGGACAGCCCCUAUUGGCUGGUUGGGAUGACUGAGAUGACGCGAACAUUCGGCCUGGAGCUGGUGGAAAACAUCCUGACUCAGUUUUCACCUGUCUUCUUCAGGCACCCAGAGUUCAGUUUCCUUUUGAAGGAGCGCGUGUGUCCGCUCGUCAUCAAGCUCUUCUCCCCGAACAUCAAGUUCCAGCAGUCCGCAGCCGCGCCCAGCACCGCAACCGCCGCAGAGAAACCCUACUUCCCCAUCUCCAUGCGUCUGCUUAGACUGGUGUACGCGCUCAUCAGCAACUACUACACACUACUGAUGACAGAGUGCGAGAUUUUCCUGUCACUAUUAGUGAAGUUCCUCGAUGCAGACAAGCCCAGCUGGCAGAGGGUUUUAGCUGUGGAAGUUUUACACAAAAUCUGUGUUCAGCCAAAUAUGUUAAGAUGUUUUUGCCAAAGUUACGACAUGAAGCAACACUCCACGAAAGUCUUCCGUGACCUGAACGCAGCCGUCGGCUCCUACAUCCAGACCCUGUUCCUCCUGGCACCCUCCAGCUCUGCUGGCUCCGGGGGCAGCCAAUCAGGUUCCCAGGGGAACAGCAAUGACAGCACCCCCCCUGCAGUUCUGGGGGGUCUGCCCGUGGCAGGGGGCACCACCCCCCCUCCAGCGUUUGAGUACAGGGGGAUGUGGAUCCCCCUUCUGUUCCAUGCCAGCGCGGGGGUGGCCAAACCAACAUUUCUUGAGAUGCUGGAUAAGACGGACCCUCCAGCGAUCCCUGAGGGGUACGGCCUGUCGGUGGCGUUCACCUGCCUGCUGGACUGUGUGCGCAGCAUCAGUACCAUCAUCUCCUCAAUCCUAAUCACUUUCACUACUUUCUCCUUCCCCCCCCCCCCCCCAGCCGACCAGCAGCUGUGUGAAACCUUAGCCACCUCCUCAUGGACCAGUGUGCUGGCUGCCCUGUCCCUGCUGCUGGACUCCAGUAUGGAUGAGAGCGCGACCCAGUCCAUCCUGCUGGCCAUCCAGACGUUUGCGUCGAUCUGCGGCCAGCUUGGCCUGAACGUGCCGCGGGACGCGUUCGUCACGACGCUGUGUAAAGCCUGCCUCCCGCCCCACUACGCCCUGACCAUCCUCAACACGCCCGGGCUGGCCGCCGUGUCAAAGGAGAGAGGGCUGAUGCGCAUGUCAAGUAAGGACUCGUCCAGUCAGCACGUCCACAACAGCACCAUGGGCGACCAGGUCGUCGCCGUGGGAACAUCACUCCCGACCACGUCAUCAUCAUCCUCCGCACAGGUUAUGCUGACAGUGAAGAACAUCCAGUGCAUGCGGUCUCUGCUGGACAUGGCGCACUGCCACGGGCCCAUCCUGGGGACGGCCUGGCACCUGGUGCUCACCACACUACAGCACCUAGUGUGGGUUCUUGGUCUGAAGCCGGCAGCAGGAGGCUCUCUAAAGGCCAGCACAACAGACGCUCCUAAUGCGGUCCUGACCACGACAGUCCUGACAGACUUACCUGUUCUGUCCAACAUGCUGUCCCGUUUGUUUGAGAGUUCUCAAUAUCUAGAUGAAGUUGCAAUCCACCAUCUUAUAGACGCUUUAAGUAAGCUUUCUCAAGAAAGCAUGGAUGCUGCCUUAGCCAAUAGGGAGCCUUCGCUAUUUCCGGUUGCUAAGCUACUGGAGACGGGGCUGGUUAACCUGAACCGGGCAGAGAUCCUCUGGAGACCGGUCACUGCGCAUCUCUUAGAGGUAUCCCAGCAUGCCCAUGGUCAGCUCCGUGACUGGGGCGCUGAAGCGAUUACACAGCUGGUGAAGGCAGCACUUGCACACGACUACGAACCUCCGCUCAAGGACAACAAGAAGUUACAGGGCCUGCUGCUGACCCCCCUACAAGAGCUGUGCCAGUCCAGCCAUGUGGACGUGCGGCAGAAGCAGCUGGACUGUGUGCUGCAGGUCCUGCAGAACAACGGGGACAACCUGGGGCACGCCUGGCCUGUUAUACUGGAGGUGCUGGGAGCUGCUACAGAUCAGGGGGAGGCGUUAAUCCGGACAGCGUUCCAGAGCCUCCAGCUGGUGGUGACGGACUUCCUGCCCGCCAUGCCGUCCGUCUGUCUGCAGGUGUGCAUCACCGUGGCAACCAGGUUUGGCCUGCAGAAACGAGAACUCAACAUCAGCCUCACCUCCAUCGGCCUGUUGUGGAACAUCUCUGACUUCCUGUACCAGAAUAAGGAGAAGAUCCGGGCAGACUUGGAGCAAGACUAUGAACAGCCCUCCACACCGACAGGUGAGAAGUCGCUGCUGGGCCCGUCAGACAGCCUGUGGAUGUGCCUGUACUCCCGGUUAGCGGACCUGUGUGUGGACAGUCGGCCUGCCGUCAGGAAGAGCGCCUGCCAGACACUGUUCUCCACCAUCCAGGCCCAUGGCACACAGCUGGAGGCAACCACCUGGGAGACUGUGCUGUGGCAGGUGUUGUUCCCCCUACUAGACCGCGUGAAGGCUGCGACAGGACAGGUGCAGAAAGAAGACGACAAGCAGUCCAGCACCAACACCAACAUCCUCAUCCACCACUCGCGGGACACCGCCGAGAAGCAGUGGGCCGAGACACGGGUUCUCACGCUCGCGGGCGUCGCCAGGGUCUUCUGUCACCGGCGCCACGCCCUCGCCAGGCUGGACGGCUACCCCCGAGCCUGGGCCCUGCUCCUGGAGCAUGUGGAGUCCGCUGCUCUCAGUCCGAGUUCCGAGGUUUCCGUGGCAGCGCUGCACAGCUUCCAGGAACUCCUGGUGGGAGACCACGCAGCCGUGGGAGACCAAACUUCAGUGGGAGACAAAACAUCGGUGGGAGACCAGGUGCCCGAUGGGGUCGGCAAGACAGACGGGUUGGAACAGGCUGUACAGGAAUCUGCAGAAGACCAGGACAGGUUGUGGUCGAACGCCUGGCGCGUCUGGUACUCCAUCGGAACCAGCUGCACGGUGCUGCCUCAGCCAGGCGAGCCUCCCAUCGUCCCCUCCCAGCAGUUCCUGGCCACACUGGUCCAGAUCUUCCCUCCGCUCUUCAACCACAUCAGCAGCCGCUUCGUGGCCAGCGACCUCGACAAGUUCGCCAAGGUUGUCCAGACGGCGGUAUCGGUGCCCGUACACGCGGACGCCUCCCCGUUCCUGAUCCCGCUGGGCGGGCUGGACUCCAACCUGUCCCCGCUGCAGGACUCCGUCCUCAGGGCAGUGGAGGGGCUGCAGAAGGUGAUCUCGGUGGGGCCGGAGCUGAUGCAGGCGAUGUACCCUGCCGUGUUUGACCUCCUGCUGACCUUUGUGCAGUACUCCUGCCAGCCGCCCAAAUAUGGCACGCUGGAGACGAGAUCCACCAACGGACCCGACAGGAACUCCCAGGUACAGUGGGUGACCUUGAACUACUCGCCGUUCUCGGAGAAGUCACUGGUGGUGGUUGUUGACCUGUACAAGAACACCGCCUGCCACAAGGUGGUCAUACAGGAGAGUGUCUUGCAGAAAAUCAUCACGGUCGUACGUCUGCCGCUGGGACUGAAGUACGCCUGUCCCAGCACCUCCAUGUGGAAACUUGCCGCCCAGUCGCUGCUGCAGGUGCUAGAGGUCGGGCUGCCCGUUGCUAGGCAACCCACAAACGAGCCGGCGUUCAGCGCGAUGUGGACGCAGCUCGGCUUGGCCCUGGACGACUUCCUCUUCUCCAAACACCCUGCCCCUCCAACACUGUCUGUGGAGCAGCAUCAAAAGGACGAGGCCAUCGAUGUCCAGAUGGUUGAGCUGAUGAGGCAGGACAUCCUCCCGCACGCAGACAACAUUCCCGCAGAAUUCACCCAGAAAGUCAUCUCCCUGCUCAACAAGGGAUCCAUCCAUUCCACCACCUUCGGAAUUCCAGAAGGCGACAUGUUAGUUCGUCUGCGUGAGAACUUUUCCCGCGUCUGCUUCAAGACGCUGCUGGAAUAUUCCCUAGCAACCGGAGAGAACUCGGCUGACGACGGGGGCAUCACAAAACUCGCGCUGACGGCCUUCUUACAACGGGCGCAAGACGUCCUCGUCAAGUACACCCAAGACGAGAGACUGAGCGGGAAGUUACCGCUUCCAAGACAUCGUAUGACGGAAGUGACCUUUGUGCUGCGAGCCGUCACGACCCUUCUGACCUCCCUGAAGGUCACUGCUGCUGACAGAGUUGACAUGGCAGUGUGGGACCAGGCAAUCCGGUUGUACCCAGCGCUGGUGGAGUGUGUGACAUCGUCGUCGCCGCAGCUCAGCGAGGCGCUGCGGGAAACACUCCACCUGUACGCCGACCUGCUCGCAGCACCGCAGCGCCCCCCACCUGCAGGCGCCGGUACUCCAGCCAGAAGACCUGAACCCAUAGAGUAAUGUUACAGAGAAUUUAAACCCUUAGGCAUCUGAAAAUAUUGGACUCACCAGAAUUUUCAACUGAAUCGCUCAGUCCCUUUCAGCUCUCUGACCCAAUGAUUUAAAACACAUGACUUUACAUCAUGUGAUGUCAGCACUGGGUCAAAGGUCACUGGAAGUCAGUAUCACCCCCCGUCCCGGCUGAGAGAAGGUCAGUGCCCCCUGAUGUAGAUAACCUCCCGUUUCCAAAGAGUAACAAUUUCACACGUCGUGCAAAAUUUGUGAAAAAACUUUUUUUAACCCAUACUUGGGUUGAGAGGUGUUGAAGGUUGGAUCCUUGGAGGAUUUUAGAUCAUUCUGAAGUAUAUUGAUUAGUAACAUUAUUAUUGGUAUGGUAACAUGAUGCUGUAAAUAGUAAGAUUAUUAUUAUUAUUAGUGCCUGAUGCAGAAUUAUAUGAUUAUGUCUUAUAUUUGUAAUUAAGUUAGAAUUAAGGCAACAUACUGUAAUUAUGUUGAAUACUUGUGGUACAGACUUAAUUCUUUUACAAUUCUUUUUUGUUUAGGUUCUUGAUUAGGAUUUGUUGACCUGUUUAUAAUCAUGUCUAAACAGUAAGUGACGAGCCAUGCGACUGUUGCCAGGGCAGCGUGCAUUCCACUUCACGUUUUACGUCAAUGAAGGUUAACAUCCAGGUCAUA